AUGCCGAAGCCAAUUGUUCAAGAGGGUGAGGACCCCGAUCCGACUCCGUACCUGUUCGUCUCACUUGAACAGAAACGUAUCGACCAAAGCAAGCCCUACGAUGGCAAGAAAGCUUGCUGGGUACCAGACGAGAAGGAGGGCUUCGUGCAGGGUGAAAUUAAGGCCACCAAGGGCGACCUGGUGACCGUCAACCUUCCCGGAGGCGAGGAGAAGACGCUUAAAAAGGAACUCCUCUCACAAGUGAACCCGCCGAAGUUCGAGAAAGUCGAGGACAUGGCCGACUUGACUUAUCUUAACGAGGCUGCCGUGCUCCAUAAUCUCCGACAACGAUACUAUGCGAAACUGAUCUACACGAAAGACUUCAAGAAGGAUCUUGUAGCUCAAGUCAACCCGCCUAAGUACGAGAAAUGCGAGGAUAUGUCCAACUUGACAUACCUCAACGACGCUUCGGUUUUGUAUAACUUGAAGCAGAGAUAUUACCAUAAGCUUAUUUACACUUACUCGGGCCUCUUCUGUGUGGCCAUCAACCCCUACAAGAGGUUCCCCGUGUACACGACCCGAUGCGCCAAGCUGUACCGAGGCAAGCGUCGCUCGGAAGUGCCGCCCCACAUUUUCGCCAUUUCCGACGGCGCUUACGUCAACAUGUUGACCAACCACGAGAAUCAAUCUAUGUUGAUUACCGGUGAGUCUGGUGCCGGAAAGACUGAGAACACGAAGAAGGUAAUUGCGUACUUCGCCACCGUCGGUGCGUCGCAGAAGAAGGACCCGUCCCAGGAGAAGAAGGGCUCGCUGGAAGACCAGGUCGUCCAAACUAACCCCGUUCUUGAAGCCUUCGGUAACGCCAAGACCGUGCGUAACGACAACUCUUCCCGAUUCGGUAAAUUCAUCCGUAUCCACUUCGGACCUUCCGGUAAACUGGCUGGUGCCGACAUCGAGACCUAUCUGCUCGAGAAGGCUCGUGUCAUCUCCCAGCAAGCCCUGGAGCGUUCUUACCACAUCUUCUACCAGAUGAUGUCUGGCUCCGUUGCUGGACUUAAGGCCAUCUGCUUAUUGUCCAACGACAUCAUGGAUUACAACAUCGUAUCCCAAGGCAAGACUAGUAUCCCUGGCGUUGAUGACGGCGAGGAAAUGAAGCUUACCGACCAAGCCUUCGACAUUUUGGGUUUCACCCAAGAAGAGAAGGACAAUGUGUACAAGAUCACCGCCGCUGUCAUGCACAUGGGCUGCAUGAAGUUCAAGCAGAGGGGUCGCGAAGAACAGGCCGAGGCUGACGGCACCGAGGACGGUGACAAAGUCGCCAAGCUGCUCGGUGUUGACUGCCAGGACUUGUACAAGAACUUGUUGAAGCCCCGCAUCAAGGUCGGAAACGAGUUCGUGACCCAGGGUCGUAACAAGGACCAGGUCACCAACUCCGUCGGAGCUCUUUGCAAGGGCAUGUUCGAUCGUCUCUUCAAAUGGCUGGUGAAGAAGUGUAACGAGACCCUAGACACCAAGCAGAAGAGGCAACACUUCAUUGGUGUACUGGAUAUUGCCGGUUUCGAGAUCUUCGACUUCAAUGGGUUCGAACAACUUUGUAUUAACUUCACAAACGAGAAACUGCAACAAUUCUUCAACCAUCACAUGUUUGUGUUGGAGCAAGAAGAGUACACAAGAGAGGGAAUUCAUUGGGAGUUCAUUGACUUUGGAAUGGACUUAGUGGCCUGCAUUGACCUUAUCGAAAAGCAACUCUGCAUUAACUUCACAAACGAGAAGCUCCAGCAGUUCUUUAACCACCACAUGUUCGUACUCGAACAAGAAGAGUACAAGAAGGAGGGCAUCGACUGGGCCUUCAUCGAUUUCGGAAUGGACUUGCUCGCUUGUAUCGAUCUUAUCGAGAAGUACAACGGUUUUGAACAACUCUGCAUUAAUUUCACCAACGAGAAACUCCAGCAGUUCUUUAACCAUCACAUGUUCGUACUGGAGCAAGAAGAAUACCAGCGCGAAGGCAUCGAGUGGACUUUCAUUGAUUUUGGCAUGGACCUUCAACAUUGCAUUGACCUUAUCGAAAAGCCCAUGGGUAUCCUCUCCAUUCUUGAGGAAGAGUCUAUGUUCCCCAAGGCUACUGACCAAACCUUCAUUGAGAAGUUGAACAACAACCACUUGGGCAAGUCUGCACCUUACCUGAAGCCCAAGCCCCCCAAGCCCGGCUGCCAAGCCGCCCACUUCGCCAUCGGCCAUUACGCCGGAAAUGUCGGUUACAACAUCACCGGUUGGCUUGAGAAGAACAAGGACCCUCUUAACGACACUGUCGUCGAUCAGUUCAAGAAGGGCGCCAACAAAUUGUUGGUUGAGAUCUUCGCUGACCAUCCUGGCCAGUCUGGUGAUGCUGGUGCUGGUGGUGGUGGCAAGGGCGCUGGAGGCAAGCGCGCUAAGGGUUCUGCCUUCCAGACUGUGUCUUCACUCUACAGGGUAAACUUGAAUACAAUGUUCGAGAUUUGCUUCUGUCCUCUAUGCGGUCGCGGUAAGAAGGGUGGUGGUUUCGCUACUGUCUCCUCCGCGUACAGGGAACAACUUAACAACCUGAUGACAACUCUGAGAUCCACCCAGCCUCACUUCGUACGUUGUAUUAUUCCCAACGAAUUGAAACAGGCCGGUCUCAUCGACUCCCACCUUGUGAUGCACCAGCUCACCUGUAACGGUGUACUUGAAGGCAUCCGUAUUUGCCGUAAAGGUUUCCCCAACAGGAUGGUGUACCCCGACUUCAAGCUCCGCUACAAGAUCCUGGCCCCUCAAGCUGCUGACAAGGAAACCGAUCCUAAGAAAAUCGCUCAAGUGAUCCUGGACGCCACGGGCUUAGACCCCGAAUCCUACCGUCUGGGUCACACUAAGGCAUGUCAACAAUACAAAAUUCUGUGCCCGAACCUCCUCAAAGAGCCAAUAACAGCAGAGAAAGCCACUUCGAAAAUUCUCGAACAUACCGGCCUGGAUUCCGAGUCUUUCAGGCUCGGAAAGACAAAGGUAUUCUUCCGUGCUGGUGUCCUGGGUCAGAUGGAAGAGUUGCGUGACGACAGGUUGUCCAAGAUCGUAUCUUGGAUGCAGGCCUACAUCCGUGGUUACUUGUCUCGCAAAGAGUACAAGAAGCUGCAGGAACAGAGGUUGGCCCUCCAAGUUGUCCAGCGCAACUUGCGCAAGUACUUGCAACUCCGCACCUGGCCCUGGUGGAAACUGUGGCAGAAGGUCAAGCCCCUCCUCAACGUCACCCGCAUCGAGGAUGAGAUCGCGAAACUCGAGGAGAAGGCGCAGAAGGCCCAGGAGGCCUUCGAGAAGGAAGAGAAGCUCCGCAAGGAGGUCGAGGCCCUCAACGCUAAGUUGCUCGAGGAAAAGACAGCUCUGCUGGCUACCCUCGAGGGAGAGAAGGGCUCCCUGUCCGAGACCCAGGAGCGCGCUAACAAGCUCCAAGCUCAAAAGGCAGACCUCGAGAACCAACUUAGGGACACCCAAGACCGGCUUACCCAGGAAGAGGAUGCCCGGAACCAACUCUUCCAAGCAAAGAAGAAGUUGGAGCAGGAAGUCUCUGGCCUCAAGAAGGACAUUGAGGACCUUGAGCUGUCCGUCCAGAAGUCCGAGCAGGACAAGGCCACCAAGGAUCACCAGAUCCGCAACCUGAAUGAUGAAAUCGCCCACCAGGAUGAGCUCAUCAACAAGUUGAACAAGGAGAAGAAACUGCAAGGCGAAUCAAACCAGAAGACAUCCGAGGAGCUGCAGGCCGCUGAGGACAAGGUCAACCACCUCAACAAGGUCAAGCAGAAGCUCGAGCAGACUCUGGACGAGCUUGAGGACUCUUUGGAGCGCGAGAAGAAACUGCGCGCCGACGUUGAGAAGCAGAGGAGAAAGGUUGAGGGUGACCUCAAGCUUACUCAGGAGGCCGUUACCGACCUUGAGCGCAACAAGAAGGAGCUCGAGCAGACCAUCCAGCGCAAGGACAAGGAAAUUUCCUCGCUCACUGCCAAGCUUGAGGACGAACAAUCUCUGGUUAGCAAGCUGCAGAAACAGAUCAAGGAGCUGCAGGCCCGCAUCGAAGAACUCGAAGAGGAGGUCGAGUCAGAACGCCAGGCUCGCGCUAAGGCUGAAAAGCAGCGUGCUGACCUCGCCCGCGAGCUCGAGGAGCUUGGUGAGCGUCUUGAAGAGGCUGGAGGCGCCACCUCUGCUCAGAUUGAGCUCAACAAGAAGCGUGAGGCUGAGCUCAGCAAACUGCGCCGUGACCUGGAAGAAGCUAACAUUCAGCAUGAGUCCACCCUGGCUAACCUCCGCAAGAAGCACAACGAUGCUGUUGCCGAGAUGGGUGAGCAGCUCGACCAGCUCAACAAGCUCAAAGCUAAGGCUGAGAAAGAGCGCUCUCAAUACUUUAGCGAAGUCAAUGACCUUCGUGCCGGUCUCGACCACUUGUCCAACGAAAAGGCUGCCCAAGAGAAGAUCGUCAAGCAACUUCAGCACCAGCUCAACGAAGUCCAGAACAAGGCUGAUGAGGCUAACCGUACCCUCAACGACCUGGAUGCUGCCAAGAAGAAGCUCUCCAUUGAGAACUCUGACCUUCUCCGCCAGCUGGAGGAGGCUGAGUCUCAGGUGUCCCAACUGUCCAAGAUCAAGGUGUCACUCACCACCCAGCUUGAAGACACUAAGAGGCUCGCCGACGAGGAGGCCAGGGAACGCGCUACUCUUCUUGGCAAGUUCCGCAACUUGGAACACGACCUGGACAACAUCCGUGAACAAGUUGAAGAGGAAGCUGAAGGCAAGGCUGACUUGCAGAGACAGCUGUCCAAGGCUAACGCUGAGGCUCAACUGUGGCGCUCCAAGUACGAGUCUGAAGGUGUUGCCCGCUCUGAGGAGCUUGAGGAGGCUAAGCGCAAGCUCCAAGCUCGCCUUGCCGAGGCCGAAGAGACCAUCGAGUCCCUCAACCAGAAGGUCGUUGCUUUGGAAAAGACCAAGCAGCGUCUUGCCACCGAAGUCGAAGACUUGCAGCUCGAGGUUGACCGUGCCACCGCCAUCGCUAACGCCGCUGAAAAGAAACAGAAGGCGUUUGACAAGAUCAUUGGUGAAUGGAAACUCAAAGUUGACGACCUUGCUGCUGAACUCGACGCCAGCCAGAAGGAAUGCCGCAACUACUCUACUGAACUGUUCCGCCUUAAGGGCGCCUACGAAGAGGGCCAAGAGCAACUCGAAGCUGUCCGCCGUGAGAACAAGAACCUUGCUGAUGAAGUCAAGGAUCUGCUCGACCAGAUUGGUGAAGGUGGCCGCAACAUUCACGAAAUCGAGAAGGCCAGGAAGCGUUUGGAAGCCGAGAAAGACGAACUCCAGGCCGCUCUCGAAGAGGCUGAAGCAGCUCUCGAACAGGAGGAGAACAAGGUUCUGCGUGCCCAGCUUGAACUUUCUCAGGUCAGACAGGAGAUCGACAGAAGGAUCCAGGAGAAGGAAGAGGAAUUCGAAAACACACGCAAGAACCACCAGCGUGCACUCGACUCCAUGCAAGCUUCACUCGAAGCGGAGGCUAAGGGCAAGGCUGAGGCCCUGCGCAUGAAGAAGAAACUCGAGGCUGACAUCAAUGAACUUGAAAUUGCCCUUGAUCAUGCCAACAAGGCUAACGCUGAAGCGCAGAAGAACAUUAAACGCUAUCAGCAACAGAUCAAGGACCUGCAAACCGCCCUUGAAGAGGAGCAGCGUGCUCGUGAUGAUGCCCGUGAACAACUUGGCAUCUCCGAACGCCGUGCUAACGCUCUCCAAAACGAACUCGAGGAAUCCAGAACUCUUCUGGAACAGGCUGACCGUGCCCGUCGCCAAGCCGAACAAGAGCUCAGCGAUGCCCACGAACAACUCAACGAGCUCUCCGCCCAGAGCGCGUCUCUGUCUGCUGCUAAGAGGAAACUCGAGUCUGAACUGCAGACCCUGCACUCCGAUCUCGACGAGCUCCUUAACGAGGCCAAGAACUCCGAAGAGAAGGCCAAGAAGGCCAUGGUUGAUGCCGCCAGGCUUGCCGAUGAGCUUCGUGCCGAACAAGAACACGCUCAAACCCAGGAGAAACUCCGCAAGGCUCUCGAGCAACAGAUCAAGGAGCUCCAGGUCAGGCUGGACGAGGCUGAGGCCAACGCGCUCAAGGGAGGCAAGAAAGCCAUCCAGAAACUUGAACAGAGAAACCUCCGUAAGAGCGAGAGGCGUAUCAAGGAGCUCACCUUCCAGGCUGAGGAGGACCGCAAGAACCACGAGCGCAUGCAGGACCUGGUUGACAAACUGCAACAGAAGAUCAAGACUUACAAGAGGCAGAUCGAGGAGGCAGAGGAAAUUGCCGCUCUUAACUUGGCCAAGUUCCGCAAGGCGCAGCAGGAGUUGGAAGAGGCCGAGGAAAGGGCCGAUCUCGCGGAGCAGGCUAUCAGCAAAUUCCGUGGCAAGGGACGCGCAGGAUCCACUGCGAGAGGAGUCAGCCCGGCGCCCCAACGUCCGCGCCCCGCCCUCGACGGUUUCGGCACCUUCCCACCAAGGUUCGAUCUGGCGCCCGAAGAUUUC